GCGCUGGCCAAUGGUGUAGUGAGGUCGAGGAGGCGCGAGCCAGAAGCGAAGUGCGAGGUCGGGUAAAGUCGUUAAAAUGGCCGCCUCCAAGGAAUCGAUUCUUUUGAUUCGUGGAGUUCUGAGAGAAUUACGGAAAGCACUCCCGGGGAGGCCCCUGCGUGACCACCUGGCCGUGCGGUACCUGCUGUCCGAAGCCCGCCGUCACCAGGUGACCGAGAAGAGGCUGUGCCGUGCCCACAUGGAGCUCCAGGGACAAACGGCCACGUACCUUUGCUACCUGGCCAGCACCCGCAAGGGACAUGAGUUGCAGCAGCAGUAUCAUGGCCGGAAAGAAAGGAGUGUCGAAGAGUCUGCACGCUUGGUUGGCCUCGCCCUGCCUAAGCCUCCCGGAGACACCAAGGACUGCUAAGUUCCGAACGUGUUUGUUCUGUAGGACGUUCUUGUUUUAGACUCCCCGACCCAGUGAUAUGUAGAGGGCCGUCGUAAAUCGCCCGAAACGAGCGCUUACUUGUCUAGAUGCAGUCGUCACGAUUAAAACAAUGUUUGAGGCACCCUAUUUGUCACAUUUUAUUUUGCUGCAUCAACGUGUCUGCAUGGACCUAUAUUAAAAUAUAAGGGUUUGCUAUUUCAUGAUGUAAUAAUGUCUAUUCAUGCUUAGAUUCUGAACAUGGCGUGAUUUGUAUUUCGCUAUUAAAAUCUUGUUUUCGUUCA